GGUUUCCGGGCUCUUGGGUAUUUUAAGGCGGGAGCCACUAGGGUCGCCUGACUCCCAUCGAGUGGUGUUCCAGUACUUGCUUUCUCUGCCAUCUGCUCCCCGGGCGCCGUCAGCAUGGGUCCCUGGACCCACUCCUUGCGCGCCGUCCUGCUGCUGGUGCUUUUGGGAGUCUGCACCGUGCGCUCCGACACUCCUGCCAACUGCACCUACCCUGAUCUGCUGGGCACCUGGGUGUUCCAGGUGGGCCCUAGAAGUUCCCGAAGCGACAUUAACUGCUCGGUGAUGGAAGCAACAGAAGAAAAGGUAGUGGUACACCUUAAGAAGUUGGAUACUGCCUACGAUGAGCUGGGCAAUUCUGGGCAUUUUACCCUCAUUUACAACCAAGGCUUCGAGAUUGUGUUGAAUGACUACAAAUGGUUUGCGUUUUUCAAGUAUGAAGUCAGAGGCCACACAGCUGUCAGUUACUGCCAUGAGACCAUGACUGGGUGGGUCCAUGAUGUGCUGGGCCGGAACUGGGCUUGCUUUGUUGGCAAGAAGGUGGAAAGUCACAUUGAGAAGGUUAAUAUGAAUGCAGCACACCUUGGAGGUCUCCAGGAAAAAUAUUCUGAAAGGCUCUACACUCACAACCACAACUUUGUGAAGGCCAUCAAUACCGUUCAGAAGUCUUGGACUGCAACUACAUAUAAGGAAUAUGAGAAAAUGAGCCUGCGAGAUCUGAUAAGGAGAAGUGGCCACAGCCAAAGGAUCCCAAGGCCCAAACCUGCCCCGAUGACUGAUGAAAUACAGCAACAAAUUUUAAAUUUGCCAGAAUCUUGGGACUGGAGAAACGUCCAAGGCAUCAAUUAUGUUAGCCCUGUUCGAAACCAAGAAUCUUGUGGAAGCUGCUACUCAUUUGCCUCUAUGGGUAUGCUAGAAGCAAGAAUUCGUAUAUUAACCAACAAUUCUCAGACACCAAUCCUGAGUCCUCAGGAGGUUGUAUCUUGCAGCCCGUAUGCCCAAGGUUGUGAUGGUGGAUUCCCAUACCUCAUUGCAGGGAAGUAUGCCCAAGAUUUUGGGGUGGUGGAAGAAAGCUGCUUUCCCUACACAGCCAAAGAUUCUCCAUGCAAACUAAGGGAGAAUUGCCUCCGUUAUUAUUCUUCUGACUACUACUAUGUGGGUGGUUUCUAUGGUGGCUGCAAUGAAGCUCUGAUGAAGCUUGAGCUGGUCAAACAUGGACCCAUGGCAGUUGCCUUUGAAGUCCACGAUGACUUCCUACACUACCACAGUGGAAUCUAUCACCACACUGGGCUGAGCGACCCUUUCAACCCGUUUGAGCUGACAAAUCAUGCUGUUUUGCUUGUGGGCUAUGGAAGAGAUCCAGUUACUGGGAUAGAAUACUGGAUUAUAAAGAACAGCUGGGGCUCUAACUGGGGGGAGAGUGGCUACUUCCGUAUCCGCAGAGGAACUGAUGAAUGUGCAAUUGAGAGUAUAGCCGUGGCGGCCAUACCGAUUCCUAAAUUAUAGGACAUAGCUCCCAGUGUUAUAUACGGGUCUUUAUCAUUCACAGAGUGAUUUAGUCACAUGCUGAAGACUUUUACAGAGCAAUAUCGGAGCUUACCACUAAGAUCUUUAAAGAAUUUUGCUUUUGAAUUUAAAACCAUCCUUGAUUUUUUUUUCUUUUAAUACCUUCCCCAUCAACUACCAAACUACUUUUCUUUUUAAAGUACUUGGUUAAGUAAUACCUUUAUGAAUAGUGGUUCAGUUGUCCAAUAUUUUUUGCAGGUCAUCUACAAUGCAACCAGAUGUUUCAGUUCUAAAAAUCUAUGUAAAAGCACAAGCUCAUUUUUAAAUUAUGUAAGUCACACGAAAACAUGGCAAAAAAAAAAAUAGUUAAAUUUUUUACAAAGAGUUUUAAAUAAAUGUUUAUUUAAUCAGUACCAUAGACUUUCUAUGUGUGUUUACAAGAAUUUUUGUCCACCUAAUUCUUUCCUUAGAAGCAAUUGUGCUCCAUGGAUGUACUUCUUUAUGGAGAAAAAAAAAAAACAAUGAAAAUAUUUCAUGUAUAAAACAGUCAAGGGAGUGUGAAGAUUCAUCACCUGCCAAAUUGCUUGCUGUGCAAGCAUGAGGACCCGAGGCCAGACUUCAGGAUCUGUGUCAGAAAAACAAGACAGCUAUGCUGACACACUUGUAAUUCUAGCGGUAGAGAGACAGAGACAGGUGGAACCCUGGAGCCUACUGGUUAACUAACAUAGUUCAGUGAACAAGUAUCCUGUCAAUGAGUGAGCUGUGUCAAAAUCAAGUUAUAUAUUGUUCCUAAGAAGCGAUAGCCAUGGUUGACCUCUGAUCCCUGGCUUCUGUCUAUGCUUGGGCUUCCAUACACACAUGAGCGCACACCUAAAUAACUAAAUAAAACAAGAACAUUUAACCUUGUCAAAGAGGAUCUUCUGACAAUACCUAGUGAACCCUAAAAUUCAGACAGGAAGUAAGGAGGAGUUUUUACAAUGUCAGUGUGUUGAAACUAUUUCUUGUUGUGUGUCUUUUGCAUGUGGAAAUAUGAAUAACAGUUGCAUAGUGAGUGAAAUAUUAACUGUGGAGAUUUGAGUAGCUCUUUGGGACUUCAGUGGAUAUUUCACAAUGACAUGAAAUGGCUCUGCUGAAUAGACAGAUGAUAUUAGUCUAUUAAAAUUAAUGUGACAGGCAAAUUAGGCAAUGACAUUGGAGCUACAUAACAAUGUGACAAACCAGAAGCAUUCUGAGGCUCAAGAAAACCAGAGCAUCAUAUCACCUAAGCUCCUUACACAGGUAAAAACAGGAAUUUAUACAAAAGGCAAAGGACUUUAUCCUGAGUCUCAUAGAUGAGAAUUGAUAUAGUCAUGUCUGAGACCCAGCUAUGUUAACUCCUUUUUCCCCAGAGUACCUUAGAGCACUGAGAAUGUUAGCUAAUCACCAGAGACGUUAGCUGUGUGCUCAAUGUAUCUUGGCAUUCUGAGUCUUCAGAGGUGGUAUGUUAAACCUAUAUAAUUAUAUUUGUUUGAUAUUGGGGCUCUGUUUGUAGACCUGACUGCCAUGGAACUUGCUAUGUAGACCAGGUUACUCUCAAGCUCACAAUGAUCUACGUGUCUCUGCCUCCCAACUAUCUUGUUUUAAAAAAUUGUAGUUGACUAAAAUACCAUUUUCUCUGCUGUGAAGGAAAGUAACACUCUAGAAAUGUGCACUGUGGCUUCAUCUUUUAUUUUGGUUAGGUUUUUGCUUGCUUGUUUGUUUAGGUUUUAGUGUUUUGAGGUAGGGCCUUACCAUGUGGCCAAAUCUAGUCUUUGAUUUAUAAUCCUCUUGACUUUGUCUCCUGUGUGCUAGGAUUGUAGAUUUGCUUUACCAAACCCAGGCAUACUGUGUUUAGACUGCAGCUUCUUGAACAUCUAAUGGCUUGCCAAAGGUCUUUGACAGUCUUGUGUUGAUAAGGAAACAGAUAAUCAGCCAUAGACAGCUAAUGUCAUUACUUUGUAGGUGUUCAGCAAAACAUAAAGGUUUUGUGACUGUUGCUAAUAUAAUUUUAUUCUUAUAUAAUGCUUUGCCUUUGUGAAAGUCUCUGUGAAGUAUAAGGUAUAAUCUCUGACUUUCAUGAAAUAUUUUAAUAAUUUUUCAAAGGUAUAAUAUAGACUGAACAUAGCUGGCUCUGGGCACCACUUCUUACAAUCAUGCGGAGUUGAGAACAAUAGUUUGAAGACACUAACUUUUCAGGCAACAAGAGGAAUAGCCAAGAACAAGAGUGAAAUUAUUCUGUGCUCAAAAUGAAGAUUAGUCUAUACUAGGAGGUAGUUUUCUGUACAAGGCAGAAAUUGUCUCACUGCACUGCAGUUAAAGGAGUUCAGCAAAGACAGCUUGAAAAUGAUGGACCAUCUUUCCAGUCUAAACCAUGCAGCAAAGGUCUGUUGUCUGUAGAUUGUUUAUAGUAGCACCAAUAAACCAUAAUAUCAUAGUCUGCUGACACUGAGCCCUCGAAAAACUAGAGUGAGCUCUUCGGUAAACCUCUCCAAACAAAGCCUCAGAAAGUCUCUAGAAUAUGUCCAUGUGACAAAGGGGGAAAUUAAAAUGGACAUUUUAAGUCUGGCACAGCCCAGAGCCAUUAUGUCUAGAAUCUGCUGGUUCUUGCUGAUUAUUUGUUAAAUCCUACAAAGUUUCUUUAUCCUGUCUGAUUUUCCAUGUCUGUGAAAUAUAUAACUUUUUAUCUUACUUUUUAAUCUUAAUACACUUUUAGUUAAAAUAGAAGACACCAUUUUCCCCUUGUCCUCCCUCCAGCUGCUUCCAUUCUCUACCUCCAACUCUUACCACACUUCACAACUUUCAAAUUGAUAACUUCACUCUCUUUGGUCGCUAUUGUUGCAUAUAUGCAUUUUUAUGUAUAAGUAUAUAAAUACAACCUGCUGAGUUCUUUUUUGUUGUUGUUGUCAUCCCUGAGACAGGUCAAUUACCCUUCUCCCAGCAGUCAUUAGCUCUCUGUAAUUCUUUGUCUAGAGAUGGGAGCCCUUGAGUUAGAUAUCUCUCCUUACUCAUUAGCACGUCUGUUGAUAUUGCCAUUGUUUAGUCUUGUUUCUGCAAUCAUUUCAAUGACAGAAGUCAUUGGUAGUCUGGCUCUUCAGUCUUCUCAUCCCAUUGUCUACUGUGCAAUUUCCCUGACACAGAUGCAGGAUGUGUGAUGAUCCUGUGAAUUCUCUACUUCUAAGGUCUUAUCCUAGGGCAUGAAAGAGUUUUCAUUUGUCUUUUAAAUUGCACUUGUGUGGUGGAGCACACCUUUAAUCCCAGCACUCCUAAGGCAAGGCAGGCAGAUUCUGUUGAGUCUGAGGUCAGGUCCUCACAGUGAGUUCCAGGCUAGCCAAGGUUACAUAGUGAGGCCCUGUGUUAAAAAACAAAUAAAUACAUAAAUUAAAAUUAAAAUUAAACUUUCUACUUUGCUACUUAAAAUCUUGGCCUUUCACCUAAAACCAUUUUAUUCAAGUAAGGGAGCUAAAAUAGAUUUAAGUAAUUCCAUUUCUUUAGAUAAGCAUUUGCCUAUGGAACUCUAUCUUAUGUCUAACCACUUAACUGGGGAACUGAGUAGAAUUUGAUAGCAAGAGAAACAGUUACCUUCUUCAAAUAGAUCUCCGAGACUGACAUACUCUCUUCAGUAUAUACAAAGUAUCCAGAAAAGUCCUGGACAUGUAGUAAGGACUGUAUAAAUAUUAGUUACCUUUCAAGCUAUCUUCCUACAAAUUGAACUUUUAAAUAAUUUGCUAUGGAAAAGAGCUAAGAUAUAUUCUAUAAACAAAAGAAUGUUACGGGAGAAUUCAUGUGAAUUUUAAAUCUUAUUUAAGAAUCCACAAAAAAGUAAUGAAAGAAGCCACAGAGAAACCUUCAAAAGACUUUUAACCUUUAACUUAGGGAAGGAGAUGCUAUUGAUUUGAAUUAGUUUGGGUUAAUUUUCGUUGUUGUUUUAAGGUUUUUACAUUUUUCACCCUUAUGGUGCUUGCUCCUACCCAGGGAAACAGUAAGUGUGGCAGUAAAGGGGCUUUGGAAACCGGUGAAAGUGUUGCAGAGCAACACUGAAUCAGAGCAAGCUAAGGUUAAUCUAAGAUUUUCAUAACUUUCCUUCUUAGGUUCCAACAUCAAGUAGAUUCUAAAAAUACUCUAAAGAUGAACACAUUACAGCACUGAAGCAUUUUCUAGCUCACCUCUGUCUUUAAAAAUGUCUUGGCCUCGUGGGAGAGGAUACACUUAGCCUUGCAGAGAUUUGAUGUGCCAAGGAGGGUGGAUAUACAGGAGGGUGGGGGGCAUUGUGAGCUCCACCCUCUCAGAAGAGAAGGGAAGUAGGUGAAGGAUUGUGUGAGGGGGUGACCAGCAGGAGGGUGGAGAAGAAUCUGGAUGUAAAAUGAAUAGAUAAAAUUAAUUCAUUAAAGAGGGAGGUUGUUUAUGGGAGGCAAAAUAACAGGCCUAAGGAGGUUCCUGAUAGAAAGGCAAUUAGACCUCAAUGUGUUCAGAAUUUUCAAAUGGUUUUUAUAAUCCUUAUCUGUAAACACAUUUCUAAAAUUCUUUUUAGCUCUCACAAUUUAUAUUUUGUUUGAGGCAAAGUGCUUCAAGUAUAUUCAACCCAUAGAUGAGAGUUAGAAAGCUUAGUUGAAUGGGUUUCCUCUAAAUAUGCUGAUGUUAAUGUUUAUAUUUUUAACGCUGUCAAGAAGAAAGUUCCUGAGUAAAAUUACAGGUGGCGAUGCCAAGUGUGCUGAAGGCACUGUGUGACAAAGUUCUUUUGGUGCACCUUGAAAGCAUUAUUUGACAAAGUUCCAGUGCUUGGACAGUCUGGACUGAUCCUUCACUACUCUUGAUGGAUACUGGCUGCACACCCUUUGCUACACUUAUGCUUCUUACUGUUAGAGGCCUCUCUCCAAUAACAAAAAGCUAGUGAAUAUGAGAAUGAAAUCAACAAAAGUUCCCUGGAAAAACCAGUUAUACUGAAAAUUGAGUCUGUCCUAAAAACUUAUUAUUUAAAUGAAUAUACAGAUGCUAAUAAGUGUUGUUAGUAUGAGAAAGAGGAUUUGAGAAGAGUUAUUUAAGAAGAAAACCUUAGGGAAAUUUUAGGAACUGACAAGCUGUAAUUGAAUUGCUAGGUUUCUUAUGUUUAAUUUUAGAAACAAGGAACUUGUAUUAUAGGAAGAGACUUUGAUCAUGCAAGUUUAUGACAAGCCUUGGUACCUUCCUAAUGGCAAAUGUAAGCAGUUUUAGGGACCCUGGUGUUCUCCUGUUCUUUACAGAACUGUAAUAAAGAUAGGAGUCAUAUUAAUAGAAACAAGGGUUCAAGACAGAGACACAGAGGAAGGCAUCUUGGCUCAAUACUGCCUGCCUUCCUGAACAAACCUGUCAGACGAGAACUUCACUGAUGACUGGCCUUGCUUAAGCAAAGGGGCUGAACAAUAUUUUAAGAAUCAAAGAAAGGGGACGGUAGUCUUAUGUCAAAUAUAAAAGAAAUAUAGAGGAAGGAAAGGAAUAAUUGAGUAAAGGUUGAACUUCUGUGAAAAGUUAAAUAUGAUAUACUAGGUAGUAGGAAAUCACUUUUGAUCUAUUAGUCUUAUGUCAAACUGAAACAGAAUUGAAUUUAAAUAGAGUCAUCCUAUCAAGCAUGUCUGUAACCGCAACGCUUUAUGACACCAAUCUUAAGGAAGAAGAUAUUGAGUUUAAAGAAAAUUGAUCUUAUCAAAUGUUAAUUCUUAGUUCCUAUAAAAUUGCAGUUUGCUUGCUUUGUCUUUUAAUAUUCUUAUGUAAUCAGGAAGACUUUUGAAGAAUACGUAUUUUGAAAAGCUGUGUAAUCAGUGCAUAAAAUUUCUGAGGAAAUGAUUUUGUGUAUAAAUAAAGCCUGAAAGAGACAAGAGUUGUCAGAGUAGGAAAAGCCAUACUGAAACGUGCUUCCUCUCUGUCCCUUCUCUCAUGAAGAGAAUGA